CCAAAGCUGCACAAAGUGGUACCGCAGAUAAGAAGAAGGUAGUGUGGAAGGCCUGCCUUAAAGUCGAUACAUCACCAAGGAUGGUCUGGGACUCUUGAUCGUCCUGACUGCUGCUGGGUUAGAGGUGUGCCCCACCACCCCUGGUGGAGCCCAGGGCACUGUGCAUGCUAAGUGAGCACUCUACCAAUUGAUCUAAAUUUCAGCUCCUUUGUUUUCUUUUACAUCUUUUUACAUUUAUUUUGUGUAGACAUAUGCAUGUUUGUUUACACGUUCAUGUUCCUGGUUCGAUCCAAUUCAGAGACUGCAUUAAAUUAUGUAUUUUUAGUCUCUUUAAUCAGGAGCAGUUUCUUGGGCUUUGUCUUUUACUAUAUUAAUACAUUUUCCAUGUCAGAUGAGUCAUGUUCCCACAGAAUAAGGCUUGAAGGAGGUCUCACAUGUGGCAUAAAAACCGAAUCAUUAAGGUUGUGAGCCACAAAAGGAUCCCUUAAUAUUUUUAAGAAGUGAGCAGGCCAGUGAUUAUGUAGAAUGCCCCUUACUUAGGGGUUGGCUUUUGUUUUCUUAUGGUUAGAUUCCAGUUGCUAGCUUUGAGUAGCUAUGUUGCAGAAGUGAAGCUUGCGUGGUUCUCUAAGGAUCAGCUGCAGAAGUUCACAGAAUCUACUGCCCAUCCCUGAGCAUAUUAGAGGUCUUGCUAUGUUGCCCAGGAUAGUUCAGUUCUCAAGCGAUCCUCUCACCUUAGCCUGUCAAGCAGCUGGAAACCAUCCACCCUCACUUAGCAUAGCAGCUUUGAUCACAGAAGGUAGUUAUCUGCUAAAUUUCUCACUGUGAAGCCACUCCUUUUCCUUUUAUAGCUAAGAAGUAUCUUUUAUGAGGUUAGGGCUCAGCUCAGCGUUAGAGAGCAUGCCUACCGAGCUGGGGUUCUUGGUUCUGAUGCCAGCCUCCCACAAGAAAGCUCUUGUCUCACCAGGGCCUUGCCUGGUAGCUGACCUGAAACUCUCAUUCCUCCUGCUCCCACACCUGUCCAGAAGAGCGACUAUGAUCACGCUGCUCUGAGCGCGCCAUUCAGAGUUUGAGCUGCUGAUGCGGCAGUUUUCAAGUUUGUGUGAUGCCCGAAGCUAAGGGAAAAAAACUCUGAAGAAAUUCAGUUACAAUGUCAACUGAGAGUGUCGGAACCUGGCAGAGAUGGGGUUGGCCGUGGACCCCAACAGGGCGGUUCCCCUCCGUAAGAGGAAGGUAAAGGCCAUGGAGGUAGACACGGAGGAGAGACCCAAGGAUCUUGUACGGAAGCCCUGUGUGGUAAAGGACCUGGAGGCAGAAGCCAGCCUCCCAGAGAAGAAAGGAAGUACCUUGUCUCUGGACCUCCUUAUUGACUAUGUUCAUUAUAUGGUGGAGAAUCAUGAGGAGGACGAUAAGGCCAUGGCCCGGGAUAAGAAGAAUUACUAUCAAGAAACCCCAAAACGGAUUCCGAAUAAGGUUGAUGUGUAUAAGCCCUUUUACCCAAUGGAAUGCCAAGCCUUUAUCGAUGAUUCUUUGCAGAAUAAGAAGAUGGGGGUAGACUGAAUGGUACACAUCCCCAGACCUAAGUCUGCUAGACCAACGAAUCCAAACCCAGGCAAGGGAUGUAUAGUUUCAGAUGAUGCUGGCAAAGUCCUAUGUGUUGAGAAAGAGGCCCGGCAGUGGUGGCACACACCUUUAAUCCCAGCACU